CUAUGGGCUAUAGCCUUGGGUAUUUUUAUGGUGCUAUUAGCAUUAGUAGAUGUAAUUGUACAUGUGUAUAUGUAUUUCUAUUUCUCUCUUUAUUCCUCUCAUUGAUAUGUCCUGCAGUACUGCCUCCAGUGAUAUAUCAGAUUGGGCCAAUGAAGCAGCUCCUUAUAAUCCAUCACUCUCCAACAACAGAACAAGAAAGAACAGGAGAAGAGAGUCUACAGUAUCAGAGAUCCCAUCAGAAGUGACUAUUGAUGAAGAGGAGAGACUGAGAGAUAGAGGGGGAGGAGGAGGGGGUAGGGUUAGGAGGACAGUUAGAUCAGGAGUGUUACUAUCAUCAUCAACCAAUACCAGCAGUACUACUGCUAAUAAUGAUACUAAACCAAUGGAGGCUAAACACACUGUCAAAAAAGUUAGGAAAGGGUUUGAUUACAGUAUCUAUUGGCCGACUGACUGGCUGAAGAGUGAAGAUGAACUCACCUCAAGUAUCACCAUAUUACCCUCAAGUGGGAGACAUAGUGGUGUAUUGUUAUCAAGGUCAUAUAAUGUACAGAGAUGAAGUGAAGAAGCAGAGACCUUAUGUAUGGAAGAACCAGUUACUCCCUCAUCAGAAAUACCCUCUAAUGAGAGUAAGGGAGGACAUUAUUACAGGUUACAUUUACACUCCCCAGGAGUAUUGUCUUGUUAAUAAUGUUCAUUUUGUGGUUGGUCCACCUACAUUCUGCUCCAUCACACUAACUCACAUGCUUGAUUGCUUAGAUCUUGUCAGUAUCAAGUCAAUAAGGAAGUUACACUGUUAUACACUGUAGCAGUUUCAGUGUAACUGUAAUAACAAUCACAGGAAGUAGUUGGAUCGGAUCACAUGAUACAAACUUGAUUAUUGCCAUAAGAACAAUGGCCCAGUUCAGUAAAGAAGAGCUUUCUUUUGUUGAGGAUCUUCCUAAGCAUAUGGAGAUAGAGUGUCCAGUUUGUCUUAAUAUCUUGACAGAUCCUCAUCUGGUGAGCUGCUGUGGACAUAAUUUCUGUGGGUCUUGUAUUGAGAGAUUAAAAGCUAGUAAUGGAUCCUGUCCUUUGUGUAAAGAGAAGGAAUAUCAAGCAAUGGUUAAUAAAGAGCGAUUUCGUAUCAUCAAUGGAUUGGAGGUCUACUGCAGUAAUAAGGAGAAAGGAUGUCAAUGGAAAGGAGAAUUGAAGAAUAUGUCUACUCAUCUUAAUAAAGAGAAGAGAGAAGGAGAAUGUCAAUAUGAAGAAGUAAAGUGUCGAUAUGAGAAAUGUCAAGAGAGAAAGCAACGUAGAUAUCUUAAGUAUCAUGAAGAUAGAGAAUGUCCUCAACGUCCAUUUCAAUGCCAAUACUGCAGGAGGAAAGGUACGUUCCUCUCUAUUACAAAGGAUCAUUAUGAGGAAUGCAGGCAGUAUCCUGUUACUUGUCCCAAUAAAUGUUCAUCUACUAAUAUGCCACGAGGUAGUCUCACUGCUCAUAUCAAUGAGUGUCCAUUAGAGCCAGUAGAUUGUGUGUUUAGUUGGGCUGGCUGUAAUGAUAAGCCAUUACGUAAAGAUGUACAUGUACACACUGCUGAUACUAUGCACAUGACACUAUUAGCUGUAGCUUGUGGACAAUUGAAGAAAGAAAAUGAACAAAUGAAACAAGAAAUAUCAAAUUUGAAGAGUCGUCCUUACCAUGAGUAUCCAUUGUUACCAAUUGGUGUUACUAAAGGAAGACCAGCAGUUCAUUUUUAUUUUAAUGCAUGUGGUCGACACAUGUCAGCUAGAGCGAUGGUUGGAAACAUAUCAAGUGGUCUUUUUGGUGAUACUGCAGAUUACUUCAUAUUUCUUGCAUUUCAUAAAGGAAAUUUUGAUCAUUUCAAACCAAAACUUCCUAAAGUAUUUUUUGCAAAGUGUGGAACUGAAGUUAAACGAUUAGUAGUAGACACUUAUAAACCAUUACCUCAUGAUAUUCUUAAUGGAAUCAAGCAGAAUGAGUCGGGAUAUGAUACAUCUACUCUACCACAAAAUGUAAUUGAAAUAAAAUUCUACAGGUGUCGGCAUAUUGUUGAUACUGUUACAAUUUGUACUUCACAGUACUAGUGUGUGCAUUGUGUUGAUGUUAAUUAAUAACUACUAUUGUUUAAAUUAAAAAUUAAAAAUUAUCUCAUG